UGUCAUUCUCAAAGCGGCUUGUCAUUGAAAAUUGCAAUUUAUUUUGUUGAGUUUCAGUAUUUUACCGAUAAAAUUGUUUUGAUUCUUAAGUAAAUAUGGCUUUUAUGGGAGAUUAUAUGAUGCCAGCUCCCUUAUGGCAGAAUGGCCCAUCGCCCGGGGCGUUUUACAACUUCCCUGGAAACUCAUCAACUCAUCAACCAUCAAAACACACAGUUCAGGAUUUCAGAUCACACUCAGCUACGCCUAUAACGACCACAACCACGGUUAUCGGUGUAAAGUUUGACAAAGGCUGUGUCAUUGCUGCAGACACCCUAGGGUCAUAUGGUUCUCUAGCCAGGUUCCGCGACUGCUCCCGAGUGUUGAAAGUCAAUGACCUUAUUUUACUAGGCUCCGGUGGAGAUUAUGCUGACUAUCAAUACUUGAAGGACAUCAUUGAACAGAAAAUUAUUGAUGAGCAAUGCAUUGGUGAUGGUCUGAUGCUGAAGCCCCGCUCCCUGCACUGCUGGCUGACCCGUGUUCUGUACAACAAGCGCAGCAAGAUGGACCCCCUCUGGAAUAACUAUGUUGUUGCUGGAAUACAGGAUGGUGAGCCCUUCCUAGGUGCAGUCGACAAGCUGGGUACGGCUUACGAGGAUGCUGCUAUUGCCACUGGGCUCGGAGCUUACAUGGCCACUCCUUUGAUAAGAGAUGCGUUGGAAAAGGGACCUCUAAAUGAGGAGUCUGCAAAGGCCCUAGUCCGCAAGUGUAUGGAGGUGCUGUUCUACCGCGACGCUCGCUCGUUUCCCCGGUAUCAGAUGGGAGUGGUGACGGCUGCCGGAGUCACUGUGGAUGAGCCCGUCGAACUCAAACACGACUGGUCCCUCGCACACAUGAUUCAUAUGAAGUGAAUAUAAUGUUAUUUUUUAUGGAA